CGUGGAUAAACGCCUACUGGACGCGGGCACACAAAACGGGUCGUUUUUCUCAUCUACUCUGUGCUGGGAUCCCCCGGUGGCGGUUUUUUCUCCCCAGAAACUCAGGAAAGCCGAAAUAGAAGAGUGUCCACGAAGCCGUUGCUGCUGCUUUACAGGCCCCACCGGAGAUUAUUAGGUUGGGUGAAAGGGGGAUUGAUAGAAGUGAACAAUGCUAAUUCGGCUUAGCAAGCAAUCUUCAGAAAGCGGUGGAGGCGUGGUGAAGCCCUUGCCAGUGGAUACUGUGACAGUUGCAUGCCCUGAACACCUGGUACUUGCUGAUCUCCCUGUAGCAAAGGGCAUGGGAGCAGCUACUGCUGCUACUGUUGUCAAGACUGUUGGUCGCAGGUCCAGACGCCAGCUUGGUGAACGGGUCCAUUUCUGUGUCCGCUGUGAUUUCCCAAUUGCUGUAUAUGGACGCCUGAGCCCCUGCGAGCAUGCCUUCUGCCUCGAUUGUGCCAGGAGUGAUUCAAUCUGCUAUCUUUGUGAUGAACGUAUCCAGAAGAUUCAGACAAUUAAAAUGAUGGAGGGGAUCUUCAUCUGCGCAGCCCCUCACUGUCUCAAAUCUUUCUUGAAGGGGUCCGAGUUUGAAUCUCACAUUCAUGAGAACCAUACUGACCUUCUACAGCCAAAUUCAGAGAAGGAAAAUGGUAAUGAAUCAGAGAUUCAAAGUGCUAAACAACAUUCAAAUUCGGAUUCCACAGUUCAAGCUCCCUCAAGGUCAGUCAUGCCUGGUUCAAAUUCUCAGUUUCUUGAUUCUGAAGACAAAGCUCGUAGACAGCAGCCUAGAGAACAACUAUCUAGGGCAAUGAUGCAACCAAGACCACCUUUUUUUGGUCAAGCUCAAAAUUAUCCUGCAGACCUCCAGCCAGACAACAGUCGUCCCCCUGGCAUCCACAGUCAUUUCCAACAAAGCAUAGAGGGUGGCCCCCAACAAGAAUCCAACCACUUUUCAGACAAGCAGCAAGGAAUUUUAUCUGAGACCUCAAUGCCUGAAUACCCACCUAUGCAUCCCAUUCAGCCACCUAAUUUUGUUGUACCAAUGAAUUCUAAUCAGAUGAUGAUGGCUCAAUAUGGUCUAGCUCCUUUUCAACCUGACGGUGCUCAGCCAUUUUAUGGUGCACCUUAUGAGAAGGGACAGAUGGCUAGGCCUGACUCAACACCAGAAGUUGGAGCCGAACAAGGAUCUUUGUUGGGUUUCCCACCAGGUCCAGCUGGAAGUGCUAAUUUCAUGGCAAACUAUACACAACCAUGGAACUCUGGACCAACACCAGGGGGUCAGGCAAUUCCUGAUGGUUUUCCAAACCUGUCAGAUUCUCGGGGAAGCAUCGCAUAUUAUCAAGGUGAUUAUGGACGGAAUCCAGUAGUGCCAAUGAUUUCUCCAACCACAUCCUCGGCUAACAAGGUGAUGGAAGCUGUGCAGGCUGGUGCUAUGGAUUCCAGGGAUGGCAAAGGUAUAUUGGCACCACAGCCAUUUCCAUACCCACCACCACCUCCACCUCCACCUCCCUUGCCUCACUUAUCUCAGCCUCAACGAGGUAAGUACUAUUCUGGUGAUAUGGGUCAUGAGGGACAGGGUUUUGGGUGGCAGCAUGAGAACCGUGAUGGCUUUGGAAGUGGCCAGGAGUAGAGAAACUGUUGGUUUCUGCUCCUAUGCCAUGAAUUUUUUGUGCUGGACUUGUUAUAUCGAUCUGUUCUUCUUUUUCUUCUCCACUUUUGGCUGUUAGACUUUUAUUCAAUUGAUCAGUUGGCUUAUUGUCUC